GGUUUGACAUUUUUAGAUUUAUUCGAUGCCAAUGAAUAUGCGGAGUACAGGAAGGAAAACCUUUUCUACCCUUUCACAGCCAAGGAAGAAUGGGAGGUUGGCAAUUUUCUUUUGCGUUCUUCCCUUAGCAUGGCUGUGAUCGACAAAUUUCUGAAGCUUCUGAUGAUCCAGAAAUUGCGCCUUUCAUUUAGCAACACUAGAGAAUUACGAAGCCGGGCGGAGAUGCUUCCUAAUGGACCCAACUGGAAAUGUCAGGUUGUCCCCUCCGUAUAUCCCACAAAACAUCCUAUCCGACUCUUUUGGAGAGAUCCUAUUGAGUGCUUGGAGAGUCUGUUUAGCAACCCCCUUUUUCACGACAAGCUUGAUUUCAUCCCUCGUCACGUGUACAAAACAGCAGCGCACCUUCUGCAGGUAUACUCAGAAUGGUUGACGGGCGAUGCUGCUUGGGAAAUGCAGACUCAAUUUCCAAGAGGUGCUACAGUUCUUGGCACUGUGCUUUCUUCCGAUAAGACCAACAUCACUACCAGGACGGGUGCCAGGAUUGCUCAUCUGCUUCUUCUGGGGCUUGCCAAUAUA